AGGUAGCAGACAGUCGUCAUUUUGACGUCUUUUUCCGGUCAUAAUUCGUCACUGACGUCAUGUAUCCAUUAAGUGACGUUUAUUUAACGUUAAUUUUAACACGUUAAAAAGACUUUGCAAUAAUGACGUAAUACUAACGUGAAAUUUAUCAUAAACUUGUACAUGCGAGCAACUUUCCCCAAGUAGCAGACAAUCAUUAUUUUAACGUCUAUAUUCAUUUAUAAUUUGUUACUGACGUCAUAUAUCCAUUAAGUGACGUGUAUUUAACGUAAUUUUAACACGUCAAAAAAACUUUGCAAUAAUGAUGUAAUAUUAACGUGAAAUUUAUCAUGAACUUGAUACAUAAUAAAGUUAAAUUACAUGAGAAAGUCGCGAGAACGAUUUUCUUCAUUAAUAGUUAAAUCAUCUUUAAUAUUUAAUAUUAAUUAUAAAAAAUAAAAAUAAUAAAUAAAAUAUUAAUAUUUUACCUAAUUUAAAACAUUGUUUUAAUAAAGUUUUAUGAUCGACCACCUGAGCUUAAUUUUUGUACACAGAGAACGCGAGAACAGUGUGAUACGACCACAAGUCGCGACUCGUCCGUAAAACGGAUAGAAAAAGUUAGAAAGGGCAUGCGCACUAUUGGACAUAUUGCGACACGCGACCGCACACCGCACGCGACCGGCACAACCGGCAUUGUUUUUGAGAGUCCGUUUGGAGCUGCUUAUGUGUUCGCCCGUUACAUAUAUAUUUUUGAACCUACAUCACAAUCGGCCGUCGGGACGAAAACCAUCGUUAACCUUGAAAGCUAGAACUAUACUGAAAGCUAGAACUAUACUGAAAGCUAGAACUAUAUUGAUUUAAUGGCCAAAUCGUCUCCGCCUUGACUAGUCCAGGCAAAGGAAGAAGAAGGCAUUGUUUAAAUUCAGGAAAAAACAAAGAUGUUCACUGUUAUUCAGUUUGAUGAAAAAUCUGGGGCAAAUUUGGCCGUUGUCAGCACUAAAUGGUUGACGCCACUCAAGAAAGAAGUUUUCUGGCCACCAUAUAAAAACGUAUCAAGUUUUAACAAAGCGUUAAAAAAACAUGAAGAUGUUAAUGAAAAUGAAUGGACAUUAUACAAUGUGCAACGAAUUUUUUAUGAAACAGACAACAUAGAAGUAGCGCAAAAAAAAGCAAAAGAGGCGGAAAAUACGAGUGAUUUAUAUACGGAUGUAGACUGUAAUACAAUAAGUAAAAGAAAACGGCAACCACCACGACGUCUCUAUGAUUCUGAUAAUUCAUCAACUGAGGAAAGCCAACCAAUUUCAAAUUUUGAACGUCCACCUCCUAUAAAAAGGAUUAAUUUUAAUAACCACUUUGCAAACAAUGAAGUUUCAGUGCCAACUACAUCAAAUGAAAAAGAUUCUUCUCAAUAUAUUAAUAUUAUACCAGACAUUUUAACACCAAGAACGUUGAAUAGUAAUGAAUUGGAUGAAGGAGCAAUUGGAAAUAAAAUGUUAAAUAUUCUAAUUACUAUUAAGGAACAAAAUAAUCAAAUAUUAGCUCAUAUAAGGAAUACUCAACAAGCAAGAAGUGUUGUCACUUUUACAUUACCAGAAAAUUUACCUCUUCAUCUACCAUUAAAAACAAGUGAAGAUGUCAAUCUGUUAGAAGAAUAUAUUAAUGACGAAACUAAUUGUUCUAAUUUGUGCUCAUUUCUGUCCAGUUUGGGAGGUCGAGACACUACAAACAAAACUAAUAAAAUCUUAAAGCAAUUGCUUACCGAUGAUUUAUGUAAAAAUUAUAGUUUUUAUGGAAAACGAUUGGGAAAAAAAUCUUUCUCCACCUUAUUGAUGAAAAAUAUGGUUAUAAACGCAGUUAAAGCUACAACACCAGGGGCUACCAAUCAAGCUAUUGAAGAUUCAAUUAAAGUCUGGUUGAAACACGCUCCUCAACGUAUAAAGAAGAAAUCUAAUUAAUUUAAAAUGUCUGUGAUGUUAUAUAGAAAAUCUUGCGUUGGAAAACGACAAUUAUAUCGAAGAAUUGCCAACGAAAAGGUAAAAUUGUUAAAAGAAUUAAUGGUGUCAAAUUCUCAGGAAUAUAAUGAAGUAAAAAAUGUUAAUGAAAAAGAACAGCAGUAUGAGAGACGUAAAGAAAUAAUAUUAGAUGAUGCUAUUGACAAUACUAUUGACACCAACAUUAAUACUAUUGAUAAUACUAUUGACACUAACAUUUGUGAUAAUAAUCAUAUUUCAAAUCAGUUUUCCUUAGUUUCAAGUUUUGAUUUUAAAAAUGUAAUUAAUAAUACAAAAGAUGAAAGCACAUCUCAUUCUAAUCUUCGUGAAUUGAUAAAAUACUGGGCUAUUAUAAAACAUAAUAUAACUCACUCAGCCUUAACUGAUCUUUUGCAUAUCUUACAUGGAUUUCAUCCUACAUUACCCUUAGACUCUAGAACUUUGUUACAAACUCCACUUACUAUCAAUAAGAAAAAAUUAGAUACAGGAGAAUACUGUCAUAUUGGUUUAACACAGAGCUUACGACAUAUUUCUAAAUUUCAUGUUGGAACUACUAUCGAGCUUAGUUUCAAUAUAGACGGUCUUCCUUUAUUUAACAGUACAAAUAAACAUUUAUGGCCUAUUUUAGGUAUGGUAAAAAAUAUGCAAAUACCUCCAUUUGUUAUAGGAAUCUUUUAUGGCAAAUCUAAACCAUAUCCUUUACAUUUAUAUUUAACAGAUUUUGUAGAAGAACUUUCCAUUUUGUUAAAAGAUGGACUUAAGGUAAAUGACAGAUAUUUUAAAAUAAAAAUUCAUACUUUUAUAUGUGAUGCUCCUGCCCGAGCUUAUAUUAAACAAAUUAAAAAUCAUAACGGAUAUUCUUCUUGCGAAAGAUGUGAAGAAGGUGGUGAAUAUGUAGAGGGACGUAUUAUUUUUAAAAGUACUUAUGCAGUCAGAAGAACAGAUGAAUCAUUUCUUUCACAACGAGAUGAAGAUCACCAUAUUGGUGUUUCACCUCUUCUUCAAUUAAAAUGUAGAAUGGUUACACAAUUUCCACUUGAUUAUAUGCACGCAGUGUGUUUAGGUGUUACAAGAAAACUGCUACAUACUUGGGUAAGUGGUAAGGGUAAUGUUAGAUUAUGUUACCGUUCAAUUAAUUCAAUAUCUGAAAAUUUAGUAGCCUUUAAUUCAUUUAUACCUUCUGAGUUUAAUCGAAAACCACGAAGUUUAACAGAAUUGUGUAGAUGGAAAGCAACUGAACUUAGAAGUUUCUUAAUUUAUUUAGGACCUGUUGUUUUGAAAGAUGUUCUUGAUAUAGCAAUUUAUGAACAUUUUCUGUUAUUUCACUCAUCCAUGUCUAUCUUGUUUUCAAAAAACAAUAUUAAUAAUUUUGGUUUAUCAUUAGUUCAGAACUUACUUGAAACUUUUGUUAACCAUGCAGAAAAAAUUUAUGGUCUUAAGUUUCUUGUUUACAAUGUCCACAUAUUAUGUCACUUGACAAGUGAUGCAAAAAUAUAUGGAUCUCUAGAUAAUUGUUCUUGUUUUCCAUUUGAAAAUUAUUUGGGCUCAUUAAAAAAUUUAAUAAAAUCAUCUAGGAAACCACUUGAACAAGUAUGUCGUAGGCUACACGAAAUAUUUUUAACAAAUAAUUAUUAUCAUGAAGCGGAUAUUUCAAUCCGCAAACAUUUUAUUGAACAUAAUAAUGGUCCCAUAUUAAUUAACAUUCAUGUUUUCAAACAAUUUAAAAAGAUUAGUAAUAUAAACUAUAGUUUAAGCAUUUAUUCACAUUGUAUUGUUGAUUCGCAUUUUUUAAGUAAAACUAAUGAAGUAGUGCAACUUAAUAAUAUAAUUUUAACAACAAAUGGUUCUACCAAACUAAUUGGAAAAAAAUAUGUUUCAUCCGAUUCAUUUUACUUAUAUCCAUUUGAUUCAAGACAAUUAAACAUUUUUUGCUUAUCAAACUUAUCUAAACAAUUAGAGAUGUGGGAUAUUGAAGAUAUAAAAGCAAAAUGUAUUUUACUACCGUUACAUAAUAAUAGUUGUGUGUGCUUUCCUCUUCUUCAUACGCAGAAAGAAUGAUUUUACUGCAGUAUUUAAAAAUUUAGUUACAAACAGAUCAGAAAAUAAUUUUAUGUUAAACCAUCAAAAUAAUUAUGUAGAAUACCCAAGUAUGAUAAUGUUGUUGCACAAUUUUGCCAUUUUAGUAAUUAAAUUAAAUAUUCUCUAAUAGAGUCCAAAGCAAUUUUUUAAAUGUUUUAACAUAAUUACUUUCAAAUGUGUAUUUCAGCAAAAUUGUUCUUUCCGUGUCUAUUAUAUAUAAUAAAUUACAAAAUAAUAUAAUUAAAAUAUUUCAAAUUAUUAAUUAUGUAUUUUUAUUGGAUUAUUGUAAUCAUGUUUUUUAUAGAAGUUUUAGUUUAACACUUAAAAAGAAAACUGAUAGUGUUUCAUUAAACUGAUUACUAUAUCAGUAAUGAUUACUAUUCAGAUAAUGAAAUAUUAUCAGUUACUAAUAUAGUAAUCAGUUUGAAACACAUAAUAGUUAAAAAAACUUUUCAGUUUAUUGAACACUUCACAUUUAAAAAAAAGGAAAAUUUUUUUCAAGGAAAUAUUUUUUUGUUUUUCCUCAAAUAUAAAUUUUUUAUUCGUCGAUAUUUGUUAGAGAUAAGUGACUUGCCACGAUUGUGCCGCCUUCUGCGGUGUUAUCUUUCUACUUUUUAGUUUGCCUUUCCCGGUCGCAACGUGAUUGUCGCGGAGGAGACUUCUUCUCUGUAUAUUUUACAUGUGCAAUAUACGUUUGAUUG